AUGGGCGGCCGUCUACCUUCACCUCCCCUGGAGAAUCAAAAGUCACACAGCUCUAGGAAGGCAUCUUCUUCCAACUCUGCCAACGCCAUCAAGCCCCAUCAUAAAACCUCCAAGCGAGCCAGACCCCAUAGUGCAACGGCACAUCACGAACAUGUGGCACAUGGUAUCUCUGACGGAAGGCACAAGCGGGCCUGGAAGGCCUGCGAGAGGUGCAAGAUGAAGAAGGCCAAGUGUGACGGCGAGUUCCCUUGCCAACGCUGCAAUGAUGACGGCCUCGUCUGCACGGCCGGAGUCCGCAAGACGAUAGAGUACAAGCAGCUGCCUAGGGGAUAUACUGCAGUCCUGGAGCACAACCAGUUCGCCCUCGCCGCUACCGUCCACAAGCUUUACGCGAUGGCCAGGGAUCAACAACGAUGGGACCUCGGCGAGCCGGAGCUCAACGAUCGUGGACAGCCGGUGAUCCACAACAUCGCCUCGAAGCUCGGGUGCAUCCGCCCCAAGAGCGACAUCGACCUUCCCAUCCACUCGGUCUUCCCUAAAGAUGAGGUUGGCAUAGUAGAACUGGAGCGUCAAUUGGGAGAACAACAAAAAGAGCGCGAGUCUGUGGAGAGGACGACCACGACAGAGAUGGAGCCACAAUCGAGUCGCAACCUAUCAGACCAAUCAAGUCCCUCGGAACAGGACCACUCAGACUUCGAAUUCGACUGCCGAAAACAAGUCUACGGCGGCGGCAACGUCAUGGCCAUGUCCUCUCAGAGCUUCGGAGGCUACGACGGCUUCGACAUGGAUUUGGCACCUUCGGCUGUCAACGCUACGGUCAUGUUCCCCAGUCAAAUUCUAGCAAUGCCCGGCUACCCUCCUCAAUGGGCGAGGGCGCCCAGGUCAGAAUUCGGCACCAUCAGGCCUCACAUGCUCUCCUGUCCGAAUCCCGAGGUCAUGAUAGUCAUGGACGACUCGAUGAUGUUCUUAGGGUACAGGUACGACACGGAGUCGACGCGGCUGUAG